AGUUUAGUUCCAAAUGUUCGAGAAAUUUGUUGAUAAAUUAUUUACAUUAAACCAAAUUAACAUUUUCUAUGAGACAGAUAAACAAUAUACUCUAUUAAACAAAAUUAUUGUUAUUGUUAUCAUUAAGUGGGUAAUUUAAUAAAUUUUAUUUAUUAAAUUAUUAUUUAACAGUGAUAUCCGUACUCAUGGGUGAAGAUCUAGAUUAUUUAAUUCAUCCUACAAGUUCCAAUGUUGAUAAAAGUAACGUUAACACAUAUCCACAACCUUUUCUUGGAAUUCGACAUGUUCAGGUGAUGUUCUACUUCCUACUCAUGACGUACACUUAUUGCAUGAGAACAGUUUUGUCCUUAGCAAUUGUUGCUAUGAACGAUAGAUCAGUUACUAUUAAUCCCAACGUAGAAACAUAUAACUGGACCAACCAAAGCGUCAUCUUAUCGGCUUUCUAUUGGGGUUACGUGGUACUCCAAAUCCCCAUUGCGCAGUCGGCAAAAAAGUUUGGUGUAAAAUGGAUAUUGGUGGUGUGCGUUUUAGUAGAUUCCGGUUCUUGUAUGGCGAUACCAACAAUGGCAAAUAUUUUUGGUUCGGGAGGUGUAAUGGCGUGCAGAGUUCUUCAAGGUUUAGCUCAAGGAGGAAUAGCACCUCUAACUCACACUCUAUUGGGAUGUUGGGCACCACCAUCAGAGAGAUCUGUUUUAGGCACCAUCACCUAUGCAGGUUCAAUAUUUGGUUUUAUCUUAUCGUUGCCAUUAACUGGUUUAAUAUGCUCGAGUUGGAUAGGAUGGCCUGCAGCUUUUUAUCUCUUCGGAGCUUUGGGGUUAAAAUGGGUAGUACUGUGGUUAUUAUUUGGUGCUAAUAAACCAAGUGAACACAAGACAAUCACUACGGCAGAAAAAGACUAUAUUCAGCACAGCUUAGGAUACGAUGAACAUAUGGUUUACAAAACACCAUGGAAGAAAAUAUUAACUUCUCCGCCUUUUUGGGCUGUAACUUUAGCGUUUGUUGGAGCGAACUGGAAUAGUUCUGUAAUAUCAACUGAAACUCCGACGUAUUUGUAUAAAAUUUUGGAAUUUGACAUAAAAUCGAACAGUUUAUUAUCAGCUGCACCUUACGUUGCAAUGGGUCUGUGUUCCGUAAUUUUUAGCCCAACUUGCGACUGGCUGAUUAACAAGAAUAUUGUUAGAAGAGGACACGCCAGGAAAAUAUUCAAUAGUAUAGGUACUCUAUUACCGGCUAUUUGUUUAAGUUUACUGGGUUUCAUUCCGAAAGGGCACGCAAAAUGGUCGCUGGCUAUAUUAAUUUUUAACGGUGGUGUUACUGCCGGAGGAUUUUGUGGAUUUCAAGUUAAUCACGUGGAUCUGUCUCCAAAUCAUUCGGGCAUUUUAAUGGGGAUUACCAAUAGCUGGACGAGUGUAUUUGCAAUAAUGUCUCCACUUAUUGUACAAUUCAUCGUUACUGAACAAACUAACCAAACGCAAUGGAGAACAAUCUUCUUAAUUUCCGCUUGCGUGAAUUUAUUCACCGAUUUAUUCUUCAUAAUAUUCGCGUCUGGAGAUAUACAGGAUUGGAAUGAACUUGCGUCAAGCAGAACAGACUGAGUGGUAAAAAAAAAAAUUGAAGAAAUCGGUCAGGAAUGGUCGAGAAGUUCAUUUUUGUAUUUUUUUGUACAUACCUAGGACCAUACCCUUUUGCUCAUAAGAAAAGAAACCCAAAUAUGCAAAUGGAAAACUCGAAAUAUGCACAAAAAUGACCUCCUUCUAAAAUCCACAAUUUUGUCCAAUUACAUUUUUGAAAAAUUAUGCCUUCCGAUUUGCUUGUGACAUUUUGAAAAGCUGCUUCAUAAUUGAUUGUUUAAAAUAUGAUUAAAAGUAAAAUUUGAAAGUUCCAUAUUUUUCCCGUGUAUGGAAGAAAUUUUAUUCAAUGUCAAAUGUUAAAAAAAAUGAGUUUUUCGCGAUUUUCAGCAAAACGGUGAGUUUUAACAUAAAAAUACCUCAAACAAAAAUUGUAGAUCAUUAAAUUGUCUACAAAAAACAUGUUAAUACUUUUUUUUCUACGAGCCACCGUUUCUGAGAUAUAACGAUUCAAAAAUAUAUAAAUACCUAUGUAAUAAUUUCUAGUUUAAAAUUGAAUCGAAUCGAAGAUGAAACACCCUGUACAUUGUUUAUUUAUUUUUGUAAUUCUCAAAAAAAUAACAUCUCGCACCAACCCACCCUUUUUAUUAAAUAUAAAUAAAUUAUACUUACCAUUUUAACGUACGCAGAACUGUACACUUUUCCUAUAUCUACAGAGUGUUUAAAAAAAGUGAUCCCGUCUCUAGGAUAGAUAGAAAACUGAAAAAUAUUUGGGGCUUGCUCAGUAAAAAUUUUACUAUACACAUUUUGCCGCAACUACUGGCAACAAUGUAUUGGUUUUGUCUCACUCUCAUAGAGGGCGCUAGUUAUACGGUUCGUACCAACAUAACUUUUUCAAUAUUAGAUUUAUUAAGUAAAAUUUCUAGUAACAUUCAAUUUUACAGCAAAAACAUACUCUUGAGACAACUCGAUACUGUUUUCGGAAUAUUUUGAUUUGAAAAUUAUAAAGUAAAAACUGAUGCUGGUUAUUUGAUAUUUUUGAUUCGACGCCCUUUAUCUUGAAUACGGAUGACGAUACGAAAAAUUUUUACUAAGUAAACCCGAAAUAUUUUUCAGUUUUCUAUUUACGUUGGAGACUUUUUUGAAACACCCUGUAUACGUAAUUCUUUGUAUUGCUUAAUCUAUACUGACGCCGAACUCACUUCAGGCAAAAAUAACUUAAUGUCAAACAUUUUCUUCGGACCGUUUGAGGUUAGUUUCUUAGAAACUGCAAUAAAAUUAAUUGCUACAAGAUUGUUUUUGUCUUGAAAUGCCAAAAUAUGUGAUAUAUGCAGUUUGCAUAUUUGGGUUACCUUACGCAGUCAAAAAAAUUAUUUUCACUUCAUAUUUAGACGAAAACUAUGAUCCGGGAUCAAGUAGAUUAUAGUUCUUCCAAUAUCAAUUGCAGAUUAUGCGACGCCACUGCUUAUCGCAGACUAUCUAGCAGGUAUAUUUCAAAGAAAUAAUGUACAUACGCCUUCCGACAGCUCCCACCAAUAUAAAUGCGUUUACGUUUCCACGUUUUCAUAGGUAAACAGUGGAGUUCACGUGGACUGACGGUUCGUUAUAUGUUUACCGAAUUUUAUAUGGAGAGUAAACAUUAUUUUUCAUUUGUUAAUUUGGUAUAUGUGCAUAUUUAUGAAAUAUUUAUCAUUCCUCGCAUAACUGUCUUCUGUAAUUGAUUUUGAAAGAAAUAUACCUACAUCUGAUUGCGGAUUCUAACCCAGACCAAGUUUUUUAUUUCCAUUUCGCUGGAAAUUUCAAAUUUAAAACAUAUAAAAAUCUAUUAUUUUUAUUACUUCAAUUUUGUUCAGUUAAUUUAUAACUUUAUAGUUUUUAUGUGUUUAUAUACUUUCACACAAUUAUGUAAUAAAUGUUUAAUUAUUGUUA